CACGCAUCAUAUACGCUCAUUUUGUCAAGAGGUGGAACAUUCAGAGUGUCUGUCAUGUCUGCAUCUGAUUUUGUCUGUACGAGGUGAAAUUAUUAUGAUUAACACGUCCUGUUGUCAAAAACAAGAUGGAGCAAAACAUUGCAGAUUUUCUGAAGGACGCAUUCCCAGAGACAAACUUUGAGGAUCUACACUUUGAUGAAGACAGUGCAACAGCACACAGUGUUAAUGUACCUCAAAAUGAACCAGACAUGGAGGACGACAACAGUCACAAAGAAUCCAGUGGAUCUGAGUCUGACAUAGAUUUCGAGUGGACAAAUAGGGAAGAGGAAACUAAGAACUGUUCUGAAAACAAUAGGAACUUCUCGUUUGAUGAACAAAGCAUGAAGGCAGGAUCUAUGCUCUGUGGUUCAUGGGAUGAUGACGAUACAGAUGAAAAUAAGACACAAACCCAAAACCAGCAAUUAAGCUUGCAUGAUGAGGAAUGCAGAGAGAAUGAACUCGAGGUACAUCAAAUGAACAAGGAACAAGCUGAAGAUGUCAGUGUGCUAGAAAAAACGGUUCUUCCAAAAGUAACUCACUAUGACCUGGAAACGAUGAGCACAGAGACAACAUCACAUCUACUGUCCUACCAGUUGGUGGAUAUACCUGAAAAUGAGAGCUCAACAUCCAAAGAGGAUAGAAUGGAGCUUGGCAGCACUGAGGAACAUGUCCUUCAGCAUGCACCAGAUGAUAAUACGCUUGAUUGUUUUAGUGCCAUAAAGUCAACAUUGCAAGAUUGGCCAGUAGCAUCAAAGGAGGUCCAGUCUGCGGAUGAGAUGAAAGAGUUUACAGAAGAAGAUCAUGAAAAUCAUGAAAGAGAAGAGGAAGGUUUAGCAGAGUACCCCUCUGAUUUGUCUCAAAGUGAUAGUGGGGACAGCAGUGAAGGUCAUGAGGGUGAACAACCCAACCACAUGGACACCAAGCUAGAUGAGGUGCAGGUUGUAGAUCUGGGUUGUUCCUAUGAGAUGAAGAACCAUGAAGAACCUCCACUGAGUUACAAAGAUGUAACUUCUAGGGAUGAUGAUGUUCAAAGGAAAGAUGAAUGUAUGCUUACUUAUGUCAAGAAUGAGGAUCUGGAUGUGGAGAAAUCUGACGAUGACAUACUGUUCCAGACAAAGCAGGACAGUAUUAGGGAUGAUGAAUAUAACAGUGAGAUUUCAAACACUGGGGAAAGUUCUGAUUUUGGAAUCUCUGCGAAUUUCCAAUUCAAUUCCAGUGAAUCUUACAUGAAUGAGCACCCUGACUAUGAUAGUGAUAUCAGCAGUGAUGACGACUACUGCAAGAGCCAAGAAGAAACCCCUGAUUUCACUUUCCAUAAAAUCCCAGAGGAAAAAAACACAGCUCUCAUGAAACAAGAGCACAACUUCAAGAAAGACUUUGCUACAGAUUGGAACAGCAUUGAACAUGGUUUAGUGGAUGUGGUGGUCACAGAUAGUCAGAAAGAGGAAUGUGAUGUAGAAGAUUUUUCAGGCAUUCCGGCAUCUCCUGAAGCAGGAAUAGAAGGUUCUUCUGAGACAAACUCAUCUGAAAACAGAAGCGUGAGUGAGUCACAUCCAUUAGAGGCCAUUUCAGUCAAACCAAACAACAAAGAACAUAACAGUGAACACUCAGAAGUAUCAGAUAUUGGUGAAAAUAUCAACACUUUGCUACCUGGGACGUUUUGGAACUUGAUGGAUGAUCACAACCUGAAGCUUGACGAAUAUGACUGGGACAUUAAUGGAGAAGAGGUGAUCUGUGAUGAAGAGGACGAUUUUCAGGAAGAGCUGGAGAAUGAUGGGGAGGAGACCGAGAGGGACUGGGAGAAAGAAAAAGCCAGAAUUGAAGCAUUUAACAGAUUCUACCAGCCUGCCGAAGGCGAAGAAAACAAAGGUAGAAUCCACAAAGUGACAUUUUGUUUGGAUCUAGAAUCCUCUCUUUAUGAGGUGGAUAGUGACAGCAGUGAAGAGGAACUGAGCACAAAAGGUUGCAUCAGUGAGUUGCAUCCUCCAGAGUCCAGUUCAGUUAAAAAUGAACAAAGCAACAAGGAAGACAGCCGUGAACCCUCAGAAGAUUCAUACAUUGAAAAUAUUAGCACCCUUCUGAUGGAUGAGGAAAUGAAUCUUGAUGAAUAUGACCAUGACAUUAAUGUAGAAGAGUUCUAUAAAAUUAGUAAGGAGAUCUGUGAUGAUGAGGAUGAUUUCUUGGAGAAGCUGAAAAAUGAAAUCGAGAGAGACAUGAAGCAGGAACAAGCAAGAACUGACAGAUACUAUGAGGAGUUUGUUAAAGAGGAGCAAAAAGAGGAAGCAGACAGGACCCACAGACUUAUGUUUAGGUUGAAUCAACAAUCUUCUCAAAAUGAGGAAGAUAAUGAUAGCAGUGAACAGGAAUCAAACUCAGAAGAUGACACUCUCCAGAAGACUGAGGACCAAAGUGAUUCUGAUGAACCACACAAGAGACGUCUAUACGCAAGGCAAAAAUUUUUACCAAAAGGCUUACAAAAGGCAGACAAGCAGCUGAAGGAACACCCCAAAAGAAAUAAGUGUGUUGUCCUGCUGCGGUCAGUGUUAGCAGUGAGUCUAGCGACAGUGGUGGGACUGCUGUCUUACUGCUGGGCCACAGACAGCUUGGACUGGAUCUACUGAAUUCACAUGGAUCUUGGAUAUUCAACAUAAUUCAAAACACACACAAAAAAAGUCAAGGCCUCUGCAUGUAUGAUAAAGAAAUGAUUGCACAAGGCCAUGCAAAAUCUCAUGAAACAGACAAGCAAGCAGACUGAGAUAAGACCAACUUUAUUUCCUUACAGGAUGCAACCUAACACUGUAAUGUUUGAACAGCGCUUUGAAAUACAGCUUUUUAAAAAAAUGUUUAUGUCUUUUAACAUGGCAAUCUCUGUUUUCUUAUGUAAACCACAUUUAGAUAGAUUAAUCAUCUUCCGUUUUACUAGGAAGAGUGAUACAUUUGCAGAUGUACAUGGUCUGUUGUACCUACAGGACACCUUGUACAAACAAGUGCUUUCAAAGUAAAAUUGACCUGAAAAAAACAAAACAAAUAAAUACAUUUUAUACAUUUUCAA